AUGCGCAAGGCGGUCAUCCUGCCGACACUGCUGUAUGGAGCUAAGACCUGGACGGUGUACAAGAAGCAGGCGCGAAGACUCACUCACUUUCACCUCAGUUGUCCUCUUGAGGUGGCAGGACCAGAUCCCGGACAUGGACGUGGUGGAGCGGACGGAAAUCCCCAGCAUCUACGCCAUACUGAGACAGCUGCGACUACGCUGGAGCGGCCACCACGUGUGGAUAGACGACGGGCGGCUACCAAGACGGCUAUUCUUUGGAGAUAUCGCCACCGGUCCCUGAAGACUUGCUUCAAGCGUCUGCAACUGUCAACUGGGAAGACCUCGACCAAGACCGACUGA